ACGAUCGUUUAUGGGAGAAAGGUGGAGGUCUCAGUAGCCACUUUUUAACUCCAUAUACUGUCGAUAAUUUUUGUGGGAAACUCUAUGCUGCCGAUCAAGGUAAUCUAGUGGUGUGUGGUCAAAUGAGAGCAAUGUCAUCUGUCUACGCAUGCUUUAACUCCCUUACCUUGCAUUCAAUAUGUCUAUCAGUCGCAAAUUGCGCUCGAAGCCCAUGUGCAAGUCAUGUCACAGAAAAAAAAAGAAAAAAAAAGGAGGAAUAUAAUAUCUGCGUGGUAGGAUUUUGAUAAUCCAGCGGGCUAGUCUCGCGCCCCUCCUCGCUUAACGCGCCGCUUUUCUUCUUUUACCCGUGGAGAUCGCGCACCUGCACCUGGCGGUGGCUGGCAGUUGUAAAUAUGGCGGCCGCGUUUGAAGGGGUGCUUUUAUCCAGUCUGUCCGAUACCGGCGAAAUAACUCAGAAGUUCCCCAUCCCUUUACUUCUGACAGUGGCCGACGAGUCGGAUAACCUCAUUGUGAAGUUCAAGAAGCGCGAGAGCAAUGGGCCUGAGGCUGUGCAUGAGGUGGAGGUCUUCAAGGACACGGACACAGCCCGUGUGGGCAAGCGUGCCUUUGUCAUCACCCACCCCAAGGGAACACUGCUGGCGCUCUUCCCCAACAGCCAAGAGUUACUUCGGUUCCAUCGGAUAGUGGAUGCCUUCAAGACGGGCCAGAGCAACUCCACCUUUCGGCAAAGGACUGACGAAGCCUCGGCCACCCAAUAUUUCCAGUUUUACGGCUACCUGUCGCAGCAGCAGAACAUGAUGCAAGAUUACAUUCGCACCUCCACCUACCAGAGGGCCAUUCUCAACAACAUGGAGGACUUUAAGGACAAGGUGGUGCUCGAUGUUGGCGCUGGGUCGGGCAUCCUGUCCUUUUUUGCUGUGCAGGCCGGCGCCCGCAAGGUGUUUGCUGUUGAGGCCAGUUCCAUGGCUAAGCAUGCAGAGUGCCUGGUGUACCAUAACAAGGUGUCCGACAAGGUGGUGGUGAUACCGGGCAAGAUAGAAGAGAUCACGCUGCCCGAGCUUGUGGAUGUGAUCGUGUCGGAGCCCAUGGGUUAUAUGCUGUUCAAUGAACGCAUGCUGGAGACCUACCUUCACGCCAAGAAGUGGCUGAAGCCCCAAGGUAAAAUGUUCCCCACACGUGGGGACCUGCACAUUGCUCCCUUCUCGGACACCUGCCUCUACAUGGAGCAACUCAACAAGGCCAACUUCUGGUACCAGCAGAGUUUCCAUGGUGUGGACCUUUCCAGCUUGCGAGAGGCGGCAGUCAAGGAAUACUUCAGGCAGCCUGUUGUGGACACAUUUGAUGUGCGCAUCUGCCUUGCCAAGUCACUGCGGCACACUGUAGACUUUGAGCGUGCCACUGAGAGUGACCUGCACUGCAUCGAGAUACCCCUGCAGUUCAGCCUGAUGCAGUCGGGAGAGCUGCAUGGGCUGGCCUUCUGGUUUGACGUGGCCUUCGCCGGAUCCGUGCAGACGGUGUGGCUGUCGACGGGUCCAACGCAGCCCCUGACCCACUGGUACCAGGUGCGCUGCCUGCUGGAGAGCCCACUGUUUGUGCAGCGAGGUCAACGACUUGGGGGUCGAGUGGUGCUGCGCUCCAAUCGGCGCCAGAGCUACGACGUGGACAUUGAACUAGAGCUCGAGGGGGGUGUGCGAGCAUCGAAUAGCCUGGACCUGAAGAACCCCUUCUUCCGGUACACUGGGCAGCCCCCGCAGCCACCACCCGGUUGCCACGAGACCUCGCCCAGUGAGGCCUACUGGGCCACCCUGGAUGCCAAUGGUUUCUACUCGUACAAGCCUAAUGGUGAACCUGUCGACUAUGGUGCCUAUGCUUUAUGCAGUAGCUGGCGUGGGAGCGGACAGUGCAGCAGCCAGUCAGCUUGUGAUGAAUGGGGUGCCCAUCAUGAAUGGCACUGGGGUGGUGGACAUGCACGUGCAGCCAGCAGUGGUGGCGCAGCCACAGCAGCAGCCACUCGGAGUGCACCUGUCAAAUGUAGUCUCCCUAGGGUCACUGCCAAGCCCUGGUACUGUAAACUCAACCAAGACAGUCAACUCGAGAGCUCAGGCCGUGCCCACAAGCUCAAUUGGUGGAGGCAUCUCACCAGCCUUGUUCAAUCAGCAACAAGUGCUCCUCAGCAACAGCACAUCUCAGUUUCCUGUAAAUAGCAGCCUCAUGAUUGGAGACUAUGUCACACCAGGCAACAUCCUGAUGCCCACCGGCACCUACAAGAACUGAGCGUCGUACUCUCCGCUGGCAGUUGGUGCUCGCAACACGUGGAUAGCAGCUGAACUGGUUGUCGUGGAACAAGGCUCAAAAUUUUGCCUCAUCAGCGUCUUGUCUGCGCUGCCGCUUUGCUCUCCACGUGGUUGGUCUGCCAUAGCUUCCAUUGUCAGGUUCCUGGUGCUGCAGUGAUGCCAUUGCAGGGGUUACAUUCAGCUCAGCAGAGCACAGGGGGGCAUGCUGUGGACAGGUGGCUUUGAAGCUGUGAUAAUUAGCCCACCACAGGUGCAGCGCAGAGGCCUUUGCACACCCACAGUCGGGCACAGGUGCACUGUUUUUGUAACUAGUGAAUAUGGAUUGGCUCUGGUGCACACUUGGCAGUCUGGAAGUGGAGCAUUCAUACAUUAAAAUGUUGGAGCUUGAGUGGUUACCAUCAUUUGGGGGUUCAGCUCUUGAAAAUGUUAGCGUGCAGCCUCAUUCCUGAAACACGAUAUCUGCUUUAAAGUUUAAUGCCACUUGACUGCCUUUAGCAAGUGCACUAUCCACAUUGCCACAAGCUGCGCAUCUCCCGAGGAUGGUGGGUUGUGUGCGCUGUCCUUUUUUGUCAACCUGCUGAGUGUUGCACCUGUGUGGGUUAUUGCUGACUGUCGCAUAGUUCUGGUCUCAAAGGCUGCGCUGCUUGUCCCCUUUGGGCUCUGUUAUUCUGAGUGCUGAAUGUCGUGCUACCACAGGGCCAGCUACCAUGGUGGUGCUCUCCACAUCACACAGAUGGUUGGUCACUGCCACAGUGAAUGAGUGAAUGUGUGUGUGUGUGUGUGUGCACAUGUGUGCACACACGAAUACACUGUGUGUGCACAACAAGAGCCACUAGCUCUGUUCCUGUCAGCUGCAGAGUUCACCAAGCGUGCAUCUGUGCUGUGGCUUUGGCAGCUGAUCCAAUAUGCAUGCUCUUACUGGUGCAGCUCGCUCUCCUUGCUACGCACAUAAAAUGGGCAUUCUGGGUAGACACUGAUGGUCAUAUGUUUAAUUGUUCAACCAUCCCCAAGUUAAGUGGUGCGCUUAGGCCUGCCAUUCUCCCAUUUAUUAUAGAGUCUCUUACCCAGAGAGAAAUGACCAUCUUUGCCGUUUUAAUGUCUUGAGCAGAUAGCCACCUUGUAAAUGUAGAGAGUUCAGUUUAGCUUCAAGCUGGAAACAUGGGUACGAUGGGAUAAGUAAAUUUUUGCGUAGUGACUGCAGACCUCAUAACUCUCCAGCAGUACGGUUUACAGCGUGUGCCCUGGCAUAAGUACUCGUAAUCAAUGUUGUUUAUAGCAACAUAACACUGUCUACAUAAGUGUGGUCUACUAGUGUGUAGUUGCCCUUUGCUGUCCGUGGCACACACAUCCUGCCUACGCUGGCUGCUUCACCACAAUGCCACUAUUCCCCUCUCCAUGUAGUUACAAGAGGCUCUAUCCAAUUUACCAGCCUCACUGCUUAUUUGGCUCCUGUUGUGUACUCGCGGUGUUCAACAUUGGACGAACCUCCAACACAGUUAAUGUGUGUGCGUGCAUGUUCAUAUGCGUAUAUGCAUGCACGCAUCACAGCUGCACUGUAAAGUUGGCUAAUGCUAUGUUACAGCUUCUUGUUUUAAGGAGGCUGUUAGCCAUGAAGUGUACAUGUGUGUGCGUGUCUUUUUCGACACUUUUUUUUUGUGUAGCUGCCUUUUCAUUAUUUGUAUGGUGUUUGCUGUGUUCUUCCUUGGCAGUUGACCCAGGUAUGGUGGAACAGUGCUCAAAUGUUUUUCCCUGUCCUCCUUUCCUCUGUGUGUAUGGGUUCUGGGACACUUUCAGUGUCUUGCUUCAACCCACGGCAGCUGGGUGUGCCAGCUGCUGAGUCGAGAUUAAUCGCCUGCUGGUUCAUUGCUCAUACUGCAGUGCAUUCUAGUAUGCCAAAGGCAGGUGGUAUCAACUUCUCCUUGGAGAUGAAAAUUCAGUGGCGUCACUGACCAGUUGAGACACUAGCCUAGCAGCGUGAGCCAUUCAGUGCAUUUCAGCUGCUAGCUGGCAGAUAAAUGCGUGGAAUGAAUUGGUACUGGAAGAAUGGCAUCUAUUCUCUUCCUGGUUCGAGUCCAUGUGGAAAAUUGCCAAAAGUGUCUGAUCUGAAGAUAUGCCAGCCUCCAAAUUUUGUAAUAUCAUAUUUGCACGAAUAUAACAUAAUUGCCGUGCAUUUUACCACCUUGGUCUUGCACCAUAUUUGCAACCAUGCUCCAAAUACAAGAUGUCCCCCCUCCAGUCAUUUCACAUUCAAAGAUAAGGUGAACUCCACCAUUGGACUGCAUAAUAAAGGCAGUGCUCCAAGGAGACUACACUAAGCGCCUGCUCGUGGGGCUUCUUGGGGUGGCAGCACAUUUUGGUCCUGCUGGAAGUGCAGCACAACACGCCUCCCAUCGCACCAGUGCAUGCUGCAGUGCUGCAGUGGAUCGUGCACCAUGCAAAGCGAAAAACAUUCUGUUUUGACUGUGCACUUACGGGUAAAGUGUGUAUUUUGAUUUGCAUGAACUUUUUUAUUAUUAUUUUUCCCAUCAGAAGUACCCCUUGAGUUAUAUUCAUGCAAACAUGUUAUUGAAGGAGGUGGCAUAAAGGUCAAGUUAUUUGAUGCAUGGUUUGCCAUGCCAAGCCUAAGUAAGCAGCAUUUCUUGCGUAGUAGCUGCUGGAAGCUUGUGUGCGUGUUGGGCACAUUUUCUGUAAACAUUUGUAAAUUAGCAUCCUUCUCUUUCCCUAGGAACGAAUUGCUGUUGUGUCCUUUUAAUUUUUCAAUGUACGGUAGACAAAGGAAGAGUAUCCCUUCCAGCAGUGGGGGGACUGUGUUUCGGUGGCCUCACGCAGAGCUGGUCACUGAAAUGGAUAGGAUUUAACCUGUGAUAUGCUUCUUGUCUCUGGCCGAGACUGUGAAGUAUCUUGUAUAAAAUCUGUGUGUGGCAUUCUCGUGUGGGGCGCCAAGAGCUCGUUGAAACCGAGGAAAUCUUGCAAUAAAUCUGCUCAUUCGGCUCAUUG